CUGAGGGUAGUCGAGGUCGGCGAGGGUCGCAUUGUGUGCGAGAUGCCGGUGCUAGAGCGCGUCCAGAACCGGUACGGCACCCUCCACGGCGGCGCUACAGCCACCCUAGUGGACACCAUCUCCACCGCGGCUCUCCUCACCGUCAGCCCCCACUCCGGCGUCAGUGUCCACCUCGCCGUCACCUACCUGGCGCCAAUGCCCGGGGGCGGCGGCGGCGGCGGCAGCACAGCCAUUGCCACCGCCGCCGAAGCGGAGACAGUGGUCAUCGAUGCUCGCGUCGUCCGCGUGGGUCGCCAGCUGGCCUCCCUGGAGGUCCAGCUCCGCCGCAGGUCCACGGGUCAGCUGGUGGCCACAGGCACUCACACCAAAUUCCUG